AUGCCGGCCUCGUCCACCGUCCACGUGCUGCAGCUGCUGCGGGAGCUGCUCGCCUUCGUGCUCCUCAGCUACACGGUGCUCAUCGGGGCGCUGCUGCUGGCCGGCUGGACCACUUACUUCCUGGUGCUGAAGUGACAGCGCCGUCGCCGCGCCCGGCCCCGCCUC